CCGGUGGACGUCCCCUUACAGCUCUCCUAUCAGAGGGGGGCGCCGGACGAGAACGCGAGCCGCCGUGCCCAGGGUCGAUGGCGGAAGCUGAAACGUGCGAGAGAUCUGUGUCAGAACCGCCUGGUGCAGAUGGCGAUCAGUCUCAUCGUUGGAGUAGUCCUUGGAGUAGUCCUUGGAGUAGUCCUUGGAGUUAUCUUCUCUCGUGUUAUCGGCCCCUGCCCUCCUGAAUCUCCCUCCUGCCCCAAUAAGUGGAUGAGGUCUGGAGGGAAAUGCUACUUUAUAUCCCGGGAAACCAACGACUGGAACUCCAGCCUGGAAUUCUGCCGAUCAGAAGGAGGAACGCUGCUGACCAUGGAUGAUGAGACCCAGGAAGAUAUAAAGACUCUCUCUAACCUGACCGGGGAAUACUGGGUCGGCCUGAAAAAGGAAGGAGGAGAGUGGAAGCAGAUGGAUGGUUCAGUGUGGACGGGACCCAUAGAGUAUGAUGGCCCCCAGUUGAGCUGCUGUGUGUUGGAUUCUGGGAAAUAUUUGGCCUUUGCUUGUUCAACUCAUAGGCCCUGGAUCUGUGUGAAGUCUGCGGUCGCUGGGAUCAGUAACGCAGGGAGCACAGACCGUGACCAGCAGGGUCGCCUCUCUGUAUGCUGACCGGCCGGGAUGGCCGCGGGGUCGCCUCUCUGUAUGCUGACCGGCCGGGAUGUCCGCGGGGUCGCCUCUCUGUAUGCUGACCGACCGGGAUGGCCGCAGGGUCGCCUCUCUGUAUGCUGACCGGCCGGGAUGUCCGCAGGGUCGCCUCUCUGUAUGCUGACCGGCCGGGAUGUCCGCGGGGUCGCCUCUCUGUAUGCUGACCGGCCGGGAUGGCCGCAGGGUCGCCUCUCUGUAUGCUGACCGGCCGGGAUCACUGCACAGUCAAUGAUUUUAGCGUUAGAAAGCUUAUCCUGUCAUGUGACACAUCUUAAGGAAUCGGGCUUUGGAGAGGAGGCAGGACGUCUUCUUUAGACUUUGAGGAGACAGCACACGUCCGCCCCCCACCACCAUUCUGAGCCCUGACCCUGUUACAGCACUGAGCUCCUCGUAGGAUCCGUGAUCCAGAGAAAUAACUGCAGACGUUCUGUACGACCACGAGCUGAGUGCGGUCAAGAUUUUAUUCGAUGAAAUGGAUUUGAUAUUUAGUCUUUUUG